AUGAACGCUACCAGUAUCCAAACACAUCAAAGCAACAUUUUGGAGUACUUGAAAAAGAACAGAAAUGAAUUCACAUCACGACAAAUACUCGAGAUUUUAUCAAUCGACUUGCAGAAGGGAGGUGAGCUCUUCAAUAGAUUAAUUAAGAUGGAGCAGAUCGAGUAUAAUGAAACAAAAGAGACCUUCAAAUACAAGCCAAAGUGUAAUGCACGCAAUUUUAAGGAACUCCAAGAGCGAAUCCACACAAAUGGGUUAAAAGGCGUUUCGUCAAAGUUUCUGAAUGACGCAUACCCCGGUGUCGAAGAGGAUUUAAAACAACUCCAAACACACCCAAGUGACUUCGACAUGAUUUGUUUGAAAGAAGACAAAGGAAAAGACGUAUUCUUCUUCUCCGACCCAACUAAAAAAGUCUUAGGUGGUGGUGCGGAGCUUGACGGCGAUAUCGUCUCCAAGUGGAAACAACUGACCGGUUCUAAAGAUGAUGACUUCGACAAGACCAUUCGCAACUCCAAUUUAAUCCGAUAUCAUUUCUCUGCUCAAAACACAUCAAAGAGAUCAAAGAAAGACUUGUGA